AUGGCGUCGUCCGUGUCCAUCGGAGGGCUGGGGCUGCGGGUGAGUGCGCUGCGGGCGGGAGGGCUGGGCGCGCCGGCCGGAGUCCGCUCACACCCGGUCUCUCCACAGGUGCUGGCCUGCAGCCGGGAGCUCCCUUGCGCCUGGCGCGCCCUGCACACCUCCGCGGUCUGCGCCAAGAACCGGGCGGCGCGAGUCCGCGUGGCCAAGGGGGACAAGCCGGUGAGCUACGAAGAGGCGCACGCCCCGCACUACAUCGCUCACCGGAAGGGCUGGCUGUCGCUGCACACAGGUAACCUGGACGGGGAAGAUCAUGCCGCAGAGAGAACGCUGGAGGAUGUUUUCCUUCGGAAGUUUAUGCAGGGCACCUUUCCAGGCUGCCUGGCUGACCAGAUUGUUCUGAAGCGCCGGGCCAACCAAGUGGACAUCUGUGCCCUGGUCCUGAGGCAGCUGCCAGCACACAAAUUGUACUUUCUUGUGGGCUACAGUGAGACUCUGUUGUCACACUUUUACAAGUGUCCUGUGCGACUCCACCUUCAAACUGUGCCCUCCAAGGUGGUGUACAAGUACAUAUAAAGGGCGCGUCUUUUUCCAACAAGCUGUAGCCUUCAAAGGCCCAACAGUGGGAGUACAUCCAGUGCCUUCUCUCAGGAUGGAGGCCUCAACCCCCCAAGCUGCUGUUGAAUAAAGGCCCUCUACUGUUUUGUGCUUCCAUGUCUCUUCAAGAUUUUAUUUUUAAUUAUAUGUGGGUGGGUGUGUCUGUAUGUAUGGUGGAAGGCAUUGGAUGUUCCUGAAACUGGAGUUAAUGUGACUUUUGUAAGUUAAUUAAAAUAUAUUUGUGGGGUUCGUUUGUUUGUUUUCUAGA